AUGGUUGGAAAGCUUUCGGGUGGUGGGUCGGAUCGACCGGCACCGCAGCAACAACGACGGCAGCAGCAGAUGUGUACACUGUGUUUUGUUCUACCAGUGCGCUUCAGUGAAACUCCACUCAGCAGAAUCCGAAACAGGAGAUCCAAGAUGUUCAAGAUCAUUGCUUUGGUUGCCUGUUUGGUCGUCGUGGUUUCGGCGGAGUACUACGAAGUGGAAGAACACCACGAAGAUUACUACGCCUAUCCAAAGUACAAGUUUGAAUAUGGUGUUAAGGAUCCCUACACCGGAGACCACAAGAGCCAGUGGGAGCACCGUGAUGGAGAAGUCGUCGUUGGAUCGUACUCGGUGGAUGAAGCCGACGGUACCCACCGCGUGGUGACAUACAACUCCGAUGAUCACAACGGAUUCCAGGCCCAUGUUCAGCGCGUUGGACAUGCCCAGCAUCCCCAUGGCGAAAGCUACUCCAACAUUGAUCAACAUCACUGA